AUGAACCACUUUGUGCCACUAGGCAACGGUUCAAACGUCAUUGCUCUACCGCCGCAAACAAGACGCAAACAACCACUGCAACGCGUCCUUUCGCUAUCGCACUACUAUAAGCAAACCAUCACCGAUGACCUCCACGAGUGCGAACGACGCCAAAAAUCCCAGAUUCACGAACUUAAACGAGAAA